AUGGCAGGACAAGCUGGAUCAAAUGAAACGGAAAUAUACUGGAACCAGUUUGUGCAACCAAUUUGGAGGAUAGUUCUCUGGGCAGUGGCUUACAGCACAAUUGUCAUCGUGUCCGUGGUGGGCAACAUCAUCGUGAUGUGGAUCAUUUUGGCGCACAAACGCAUGCGAACAGUGACGAACUAUUUCCUCGUGAACUUGGCUUUCGCUGAAGCGUCAAUGUCCGCAUUUAACACUGUUAUAAACUUUGUCUACGCCGUACACAAUGAGUGGUAUUUCGGGCUCUAUUACUGCCGAUUCCACAACUUUUUUCCCAUAGCCGCUGUAUUUGCUAGUAUAUGUUCCAUGACAGCGAUUGCACUCGACAGAUAUAUGGCCAUCAUCCAUCCCCUGCAGCAGAGGAUGUCUGCGACUCAGACAAAGGUGGUCAUUGGGGUGAUCUGGGUGCUGGCUUUUCUGCUGGCCUUCCCCCAGUACUACUACUCCAACACAGACCAGUUGCCUGGAAGGGUUGUCUGCUACAUCGAUUGGCCUGAUUACAGUCUCCUGAACUUCAGAAAGAUGUACUAUGUGUGUGUAGCAGUGCUGAUCUACUUCCUCCCUCUCUUGGUGAUGGGCUGUGCUUAUCUGGUGGUGGGUUUGACUCUGUGGGCCAGUGAGAUCCCAGGAGAUUCGUCUGACUGUUACCAAGAGCAGCUGGCUGCCAAACGCAAGGUAGUGAAGAUGAUGAUUGUUGUGGUGUGUACCUUCGCUGUUUGCUGGCUCCCCUAUCAUGUGUUUUUCCUGAUUCACCAGUUCUAUCCGAACCUGUCUGAGCAUCUCUUCAUUCAGCAGGUCUAUCUCACUAUCAUGUGGCUGGCAAUGAGCUCCACUAUGUACAACCCCAUUAUCUACUGCUGCCUCAAUGACAGGUAA